UUUGGACUGUACAGGUGCCCCUCAGCAAAGUCCGCGUCGAAAAGUUAUACGCCGGCCCACGACUGCGCGACGAGGAGUGCGUGUGCGUGUCAAUUGACCCUGGAUUGUUUGGUACAGAAGAGAUAUAGAGCAAAACAUGUCAUAUUUAAUCAAAGGCGUUCAGAAAUACGGGUUUGCCAGUCAAACGCACAGCAUAGGAGAUUUCUUAAUUAAAAAAUGUAUACUGAAGGGUUCAAAACCUUUCCAUGGACAAACAAUGAGAACUUCACAGGCAUUUUCUCAAGUUCAUUCAGAAAACAUGGACUCUUUCAGUUAUGUAAUUGUUGGAGCUGGAUCUGCAGGGUGUGUGUUAGCCAACCGAUUGUCUGAAGAUUCUCACAGCACUGUUAAACUGCUAGAAGCAGGGCCGAAAGAUACUCUUUUCGACAGCAAACUAUUACUGUGGAAGAUUCACAUGCCUGCUGCAUUAACUUACAACCUAUGUGAUGAGAAAUAUAACUGGUAUUACCAUACAACACCUCAAAAGCACAUGGAUAAUCGAGUUAUGUACUGGCCCAGAGGAAGAGUCUGGGGUGGCUCCUCCUCCCUCAAUGCCAUGGUGUACAUUCGGGGCCAUGCAGAAGAUUAUAACAGGUGGAGUAAAGAAGGGGCAGUUGGAUGGGAUUAUGAACAUUGUUUGCCUUAUUUUAAAAAAGCACAGGCUCACGAGCUGGGUGCUGAUCUUUAUCGAGGUGGGCAUGGUCCACUUCAUGUCUCAAGGGGGAAAACAAAAAACCCUCUUCAUUGUGCAUUUUUGGAGGCAGCUCAACAAGCUGGGUACCCUUUCACAGAGGAUAUGAAUGGUUUUCAACAAGAAGGCUUUGGCUGGAUGGAUAUGACAAUACACAAAGGUCAAAGAUGGAGCACAGCUAGUGCUUACCUCCGCCCUGUGUUAUCACGUCCAAACCUGUCAGCAGAAGACAGUACACUUGUAACGAAAAUUUUGUUUGAAGGGACCAAAGCCAUUGGCAUUGAAUACAUUAAAAAUGGAGAAAAGAAAAAGGUUUUUGCUAGUAAAGAAGUUAUUUUAAGUGGAGGUGCCAUAAAUUCCCCACAGCUACUUAUGCUGUCUGGAGUUGGACAUUCAGAUGAUCUAAAAAAAUUAGGAAUCCCUGUUGUCUGCCAUCUUUCAGGAGUUGGACAGAAUCUUCAAGAUCAUUUAGAAGUGUACAUACAGCAGAAGUGCACUCAACCUGUAACACUGUAUAAAUCACAAAAGCCUCUUCAAAUGAUCAAGAUUGGUCUUGAAUGGUUUUGGAAAUUUACAGGUGAUGGAGCCACUGCCCACUUAGAGACUGGUGGAUUUAUCAGAAGUCGAGCAGGAGUUUCUCACCCAGAUAUUCAGAUUCAUUUCCUCCCUUCUCAGGUGAUUGACCAUGGGCGUGUUGCUUCUCAGUUGGAAGCGUACCAGGUACAUAUUGGCCCCAUGCGAAGUACCAGCAUAGGAUGGCUAAAGCUGAAAAGUACAGACCCUAGAGAGCAUCCCAUACUAGAACCCAACUAUUUGUCAACAGAAAUAGAUGUCUGGGAAUUUCGUCAGUGUGUGAAGUUAGCUAGAGAUUUAUUUGUUCAGGACGCCUUUGACAAAUUCCGUGGACCUGAAAUUCAGCCAGGAAACCAUGUUCAGUCUGAUGAAGAAAUAGAUGCUUUCAUAAGGCAAAAGGCUGAUAGUGCCUACCAUCCUUCGUGCACUUGUAAAAUGGGACAGAGUUCUGAUGCUUCUGCUGUGGUUGAUCCUCAGACCAAAGUUAUAGGAAUUGAAAACCUAAGAGUUGUUGAUGCUUCAAUAAUGCCUAGUAUAGCCAGUGGGAAUUUAAAUGCCCCAACCAUCAUGGUAGCAGAGAAAGCUGCUGAUAUAAUCAAGGGACUGCCAUCACUUCAAGAGGAAAAUGUUCCUGUAUAUAAGCCACAAAGUUUGGAAACGCAGCGUUAAGCACCUGCGAUUUUUUCUCCAGCAUACAGAAGUUUGUCUGGAAUUUGCCUUUACUUUUACUAUGAGAAUAAGUAUCAAAAAGUAUUUCUUUUAAUAUACCUAUGUGAAAUUCCUUUAUAAUAAUAUUGAAUUGAAAAUCCACUUUCAAUUAUAAAUACUCAAGAAAAAAAAUUAGAUGUGUCAUGGAAAGCAUUGGCUGCAACCUCUAGUAAUAACAGGUGACCAUGUUGUCCCCAAAACUACUGAGUAACAACAUGGCUGAUAGACCUAGAUAUUUAUUAAUUUGUAUAGUAGGAUCUUAAGAUGGAAUUGACCUCAGAUCUUGAAUAGUCCUUUAAGUAGCUGGAUAAACAAUUGUGAACUAGUUAAGGUAUAGUUUAUGACCUUUUGGCCUUACACUAUAACAAGUGGAUUUUUGUAUGUGGUUUCUUCAGACAAUUAAAAUUGUAUUAAUUGUCCAAUACCAACAGUACACUCUAGAAAAACGUAAUCACGAGAAAGUUCCUUUGAAAGUCACAGAAUGGGAUUUAUCCUAUCUUAAUCCCUAUUGUGGUUCUUAGUUCCAAUGUUGGAUUGUGACCCAAAUGUCUUUCUCCUUAUUUAAGCAAUAGUCUCCAUACUGAUUCAUGUACACAAUAUGGCUGAUUUUAGGCAAGUGAUCUCAGAUACUUUUAAUUCUAUAUUCAGCUGAAUAUUUUCUGAUGUCAUGAUUAUGGACGAGAGUGGCUAAUGUAAUUUAGCAGCUGCACAGAAAAGUAAUGUAUACAGAAGCAGAAAAGUAGGAAAAUGUCUCAUGAAUGAACAAUAGGAACAACAGGUUACCUAAUGGCUACAUGUUGCAAAGAGUAUCAAAUGGCAAAUAAGUUGUGGAGGCCAUUGCAAUUGCUAUAAACCUGAGGGUCAGAAACCUGUCAUUAUGCUUCCGUUAACAGGCUCUCAUGUACAGGCUGGUGUAUGCAACACACUACACAAGAUUUAGUAGCUCAAUCAUUUACGAUAGAAAUGCAAAUUUUAUUUAUUUAUUUAUUGCAUUUAUAUCCUGCCUUUUUUCCCCUCCAAGGAACCCAAGGUGGCGUACAUAAUCUUCCUCCUCUCCAUUGUAUCCUCACAACAACAACCCUGUGAGGUAGG